AUGUCCUCCUCCGCCGAUCCCCUCCUGACCACCCUCUGCACAAUCUGCCACGUCGAGCCGCCCAAAUACACAUGCCCGCGCUGCGCGGCGCAGACCUGCUCGCUCGCAUGCAGCCGCAAGCACAAGGGCUGGGCGUCGUGCUCGGGCGUCCGCGACCCGGCCGCCUACGUUCCCGCACAGGCGCUGCGCACACCCGCCGGCAUCGACCGCGACUACAACUUCCUGAGUGGAAUCGAGCGCGAGCGAGAGAGGCAGCACCGCCUCCUGGUGGAGGACAAGGGCCUGCUGAGGCCGGCAGACCUGAAGGCUGGUGGGGAUGAGAAGCUGGUGAGGAAGCUGUGGUUCGGAGAGGGAGGCGCGAGGAUGCCACAGCAGAGAAACAAGCGACCGUGGGAGAGACAUGACGAUGAUGGUGAAAAGGAAAGCUUCCUCGAUCGCAAGGUACGACGAAGAUUGGAACACAUGGACGUGCGCGUCGUGGAGAUGCCUCGGGGACUCAGUCGCCAGCGGGAGAACACAACAUGCUGGAAUCGACGGACGAAUAAGAUCAAUUGGGCUGUCGAGUGGCUUUUCUACGAUGCCGAUGGCAACCAGCAGAGGAUUCGACAUCGCGCACUCGAGACGGUGCCGCUGUGUAGAGCAGCCGUAGACUCGAUGGCUUGGUACCAGAAAGGGCAAGAAAGAGCAGCGGAAGAAGAGGAGGAUGAUGAGGAUAUGUUACAUGCGCGCAAACGGCGGCGGGUGCUCAUUAGGGAAAUCAAGGAGGAGCGGCGGUCUGCACCCCUUGGAGCUAUGCAAGAUUGGGAUGGCGAGCAAGGUACAUGGCUAUCGACGCACUAUCCUACACAGAACCCUUUUACAGCGGCAUGGGACCUCGAUCGCGGCUCGAUCGCGAGCAACUGGGUCAGAGAUGAGGAAGCCGAUGAAAAGCGCAGGUCGCACUUCUUUCUGCUCAAGCCUCUCACGCCAGCCGGGCAACCUAAGGAGCUAAUACCGUUGGAGUCGGCGGAGACGCUCGCUCAGGCUCUUCCAGGAAGGACUGUCCUCGAGUUCCCCACCAUCUACGUUCUGCCGCCUUCCGCUAGUCUACCGGAGGGACAUGUUGUUGGCUCUACGGAGCGGCGAGAGAGACCCAGACGACCUGAGCGGCCGCAAGUGAACGGAGGAAGCCGCUCAGGACCACGCGAAAAGUACCAAGGUGCCGGGAGCAAGCAGGGGCAGCAUGUGCGGAACGGCCGCGGUGGCAUGCAGAAGAAGGUUGCAUUUGCUGAUGAGCCUACCAAGGUCGAACGGGGAGAAGUCAACAGCGAGGAGAAACCUCCUGAAGAAGAGGAUAUCACCAGCAGUGAGCCCGAGACUACAAGCGACGAGGACAGCAGCGGUGGCUCGGAAGGUGAAGCUAGUGGCCAAGAAGACGUGGUUCAAAUGCCCAAGAGGAUGGGAUUGGUGGACUAUGCAUCCGACAGCGAGUCUACCUCGGAGGAGGGGGAUGAUCGAGCGGAUUUGGACGUCUCAACCUUGAAUCCAGAGAAUCCGGAAUUAGUCCGAGGCGCUAUCGCGGAGAUAGUCAAUCUUUUCACAUGA